AUGAUGUUAUUAACAUCUCUAAGGGCGGGGUUUGCGUCCACUGGGUUGGGUAUCAAAACUCAGAUGAGACUGUUAUACAGAAGUAGUACCCUUUUGCAGCAGAUACCCACGAAUAAUAAUGACCCAACACUUCCAAUGACUGGGAUCAACGCUAGUAUGCUGAGCAUUGUACCAAAUGAUACUGAUUUAGUGACCCUUGAGAAGCAAGAUGAAUUAAUUAAAAGACGGCGCAAGUUGUCAAAAGAGGUGACUAAAAUGAAGAAGCUUAAACCAGUUUCUCCCGGGUUGAGAUGGUAUCGUUCUCCAAUUUACUCAUAUUUACACAAAGGCAGACCUAUUCUUGCAUUAACGAUUGCGAAGAGAGGUAAGGGUGGUAGAAAUAACUCUGGUAAAAUUACGGUUAGGCAUAGGGGAGGCGGCCAUAAAAGGAGGCUUCGUUUGGUUGAUUUCAAACGUUGGGAUGCAGGCGCCCAUACUGUCAAAAGGAUUGAGUAUGAUCCGGGCCGAAGCGCACAUAUUGCAUUAGUUAAAAGUCACCAAACUGGAAAUUUAAGCUAUAUUUUAGCGUGUGAUGGGCUGAGAGCUGGAGAUACUGUUGAAUCUUAUAGAAGAGGUAUUCCUUCUACUUUAUUGCAAGAAAUGGGUGGUAAGAUCGAUCCAGCCAUUUUAUCCGUGCAUACUGCUCAGAGGGGUAACUGUCUACCUAUAUCUAUGCUUCCAAUUGGUGCAAUUGUGCACAAUGUUGGUAUUACCCCGGUUGGUCCUGGUAAGUUUUGUCGUGCAGCUGGUACGUAUGCUCGUAUCUUGUCUAAAAUUCCAGAGAAGAAGAAAGCAGUUAUUCGUUUACAAAGUGGAGAACAUCGUUAUGUCUCAAUAGAUGCAUGUGCCACAUUAGGCGUUGUUUCCAAUAUUGAUCAUCAGAAUUCCUCUCUUGGUAAAGCCGGUAGAUCCAGAUGGCUGGGUAUCAGGCCGACUGUUAGAGGUGUUGCUAUGAACAAAUGCGACCAUCCUCAUGGUGGUGGUAGAGGUAAGUCUAAAUCUAAAAAGUUAUCUAUGUCUCCAUGGGGCCAAUUGGCAAAGGGUUACAAGACUAGAAGAGGCAAAAACCAAAAUAGAAUGAAAGUAAAGGAUAGACCAAGAGGCAAAGCUGGUAGGGCAUCUAAGCGGUAG